AUGCAAUUUUUGAAACUAAAGAUGGAAGAUAUCAUACAGGAUGAUUUCAAUUUCCUAUCAGAUCGAAUCUGUUCGUUGAUAAAUUUCAAGAUUCAAUCCAUCAAGAGCAUUGCUCAAAUUAAUCCAACUAGUGCGGCUCGCAUACUCCUUAAUCGAAAAGAUAUAUUUGCUUUGGCGGCAGGAGACGUCUUGAUGGUGUCCAAAUGUAAAGACAUCAUGAUAGACGAGAUCAUUUUCGAUCAUAACAUAGAAGGAACUUGUUACAUCUUCACACCUGUCCGAACAGGAAAAACGUUUUAUUUCGCUCAGCCAGGUUCACGAGAUCUCGUAACAAGUAGUUCGAAAGCAGACUGUGAUCACUUACCAUUUGGUAUCUAUAACGAUGAAACAACCACUACCAGAUACACUCAAGUAACCAACAUACACUUGAACUUACCUAACGGCGUAGUGCAGCAGGAUUUCAUUUUCAAUGCAUCACCAAUUUUUCAUUCGGAUCCAGCAAAAAUUUCGACGGAUAUUCAUCUUAUUAGAAACCACCUCGACUCCAUCAGUAACGGAUACACAACGCAAACCAAAUCUUCCACAACAGAAUUCGGAUCACUAUCAGAGCACCUUGAGAACGAAGUCAAAAACUCAGCCGGAUUUUUAGAAUCUAAUGCAGAACAUUUCCUUCAAUCACAGAAAAAGGUAUCCUCGAAUCCUUUGGUCUGCAUAGGCUCGUCAGAGCAAUCGUUCUCAUCAAUCACUGCAGCAGUCUUAUUCGUUGUAAAAAACACUUGCAAAAGAGAUCCUCCUCCACGAGUCGUGAUUUCAGACGAUGAUCCUCCAGCUCAACAUACUGACCGCGUUCGUGCAUUCGCAAGGAGAUUCCGUCAAUCAAGUGACCAACGCACUGUAGUCACUAUGCCAUCAUUUGCGAACAUUGCACUCAACACAAGACCACCACAACCAGUACCAGAUGCAAGGACUAGACCACUUCUAAAUUUCGUCGCAAGAGUCUCUUGCAUACAUAAUACAAACGCAAGCCCUCUUAUGUAUAUUUCAACAAGUCUCAACGAUUCACACGUCAUAGCUCUCCUCAGCACUGGAUCCGCCAUCACACUUGUCUCUGAAACCGCCACUCUUGUCCGGUGUACAAUCGCUAAAGGUACACCAGCGAAUGGAACUCCGAUCAGUCUUCUCCGCCAAUUUACUCCGAACCUAACUGUAGGCGAUCAAACCAUACCAAUAAUUCCCAUUGCUCCUCCGCAUUCAUCAUCGGCAGUCCUUCCCCAACUUGCUUACAAACUACAAACUAACACCAUCUCAUUCGACUACAAUUCCAUCCCGUUCAUAACCAUAAGCGACAAUAACUAUAAUUUUCAAAAACUUCCUGUCUAUUUGAUUAACGAAAGUACUCCACCACCAUUUUCGGAAGCAGUGGCAAGUUUCGCAGGAAAACGAGAGAUAGAUGAGAAUAUCGUCAAUUCCACCAUCAAGCCACCAUUUUCGGAUACCGCGGUCUUUGGCACAACAAAUACCUCAUUUCCGCAAAAUUGGGAGCUCUUUACUUCGGACAAUCCGAAUCAAACACUUCCUUUGGGCAUCCAAAUUGGCAAAACACUCUCCUGUCCAAACGCCCAAGGCAGAGUUGUAAUACGCAUUUUUAACGCAGGCCCCACCCCCAUCACUCUACAAAAGAACAUUACAGUAGCAGUGGCAAGUUUCGUAGGACCACCAAGUCCAUCCAACCUAUGGAUGAGUAUAUCCCCUUCAGAAACUGAUUUUGCUAAGGAACUUCCCCAUUUUCCCAGCAUAGAAAACCCAAUACCUAUUUCAGAUCGCGUUCUUCUUAACUCCUCAUUACUAAAAACCACACAACUCAAAAAUUUUCAGCAGUUACUAGCAAGAUAUCAGGACUGCUUCGUAGGAAACGAUGGCGAUCUCGGACGCUAUCAAGGACCUAUCACUCAUUGUAUUAACUUUGUACCACAUUCAAAGGUUCCCAAGCAGCGGUCAUACCGCGUUCCUCUAGAAAAGCGACAGGAAAUCGAACGCCAAAUCAAGGAAAUGCUACGCAUCAACAUUAUCGAGCCAAGCACUAGUAAGUUUGCAUCGCCAAUAGUUCUGGUUAAGAAAGGUCCGAAUAAAGACCAAUGGCGAUUUACGGUAGAUUACCGUCAGAUCAACGCAAUCACUGAAACUGAAACCUACUGUAUUCCCACAUGCAAGACAUUCUGGAUCUUGUCAGUGCAUGUUCAAGAAUUCUGCUUGGGUGAACAGAAUGCGAACAAGGAGACUCAUGCGAGGAAAUGUGUUGAAAUACGCUUUCAACAUCAAGAAGAACGUAUAAGAGGCCAGAACUCGGGCAAAUAUAAGGUCCCCUAUCCGGUCGAUAUGUCCGGCAUCGGUUACAAAUGA